AACCCUCACUAAAACCCUAAUCAUUUAAAUACAUCCAACACACCCCUAGAAAGAGAUACCAGGAAGAAUCAUUCCGCCUGGAGAUCAUCUUUCCUGGGGUUUAGAGUUUGUGUGUCCGCCGUAUUCGGGUGUUUUGGUUACAGAAGAAACUGAAGCGAAAGCGUGAUGGAUCUUCCGAGCCUGGUGGUGAUCCUGCAGGGUGCACUCAGCCCCAAUCCCAGUGAACGGAAAGCUGCUGAAGAAAAUCUGAAUCAGUUUCAGUACGUGCCCCAGCAUUUGGUCAGACUGCUUCAGAUAAUAGUUGAAGGAAAUUGCGAUAUGGCGGUCAGACAGGUGGCCAGCAUUUCCUUUAAGAAUUUUAUUGCCAAAAACUGGGAGCCUCAUGAUCCUGGUGAAAUAUCAAAGAUCUUACCCGAGGACAAGGAAGUUGUGAGACAUAACAUUCUCAAUUUUGUGGCCCAAGUUCCCCCACUUUUGAGAUCACAGCUGGGUGAAUGCUUGAAAACGAUUAUACAUGCAGAUUACCCUGAGCAGUGGCCAUCUCUUUUGCAUUGGGUGAAGCAUAAUUUGCAGGACCAGCAAGUUUAUGGAGCUUUAUUUGUCCUCAGGAUCAUUUCUAGAAAAUAUGAGUUUAAGUCUGAUGAUGAAAGACUGCCAGUUGAUCACAUUGUUGCGGAAACAUUUCCACCACUGCUCAACAUAUUUAACCAGCUUGUUCAGAUUGCAAAUCCUCCAAUUGAAGUGGCAGAUUUGAUCAAGCUGAUUUGCAAAAUCUUCUGGUCAUCUAUUUACCUGGAGGUUCCGAAGCAGUUGUUUGACCCAAAUGUAUUCAAUGCCUGGAUGGUUCUCUUCCUGAAUAUUCUAGAGAAGCCUGUCCCUGUGGAAGGACAACCUGCUGAUUUUGAGCUGAGAAAAUCGUGGGGUUGGUGGAAAGUUAAGAAGUGGACAGUUCACAUAUUAAACCGCCUUUAUACUCGGUUUGGGGAUGUAAAGCUUCAAAACCCAGAUAACAAAGCCUUUGCCCAAAUGUUCCAGAAGAAUUACGCGGGGAAGAUUUUGGAGUGCCAUCUAAAUUUGUUGAAUGUGAUUCGUGUUGGUGGCUAUUUGCCUGAUAGAGUAAUUAAUCUUAUUCUGCAAUAUCUCAGUAAUAGCAUUUCAAAAACUAAUAUGUACAGUCAGCUGCAGCCAAGACUCGAUGUUGUUCUUUUUGAGAUUAUCUUUCCGCUUAUGUGCUUCAGUGACAAUGAUCAACGGCUUUGGGAUGAAGACCCACAUGAAUAUGUGAGGAAGGGCUAUGACAUAAUCGAGGAUUUAUAUAGCCCAAGAACUGCCGCAAUGGAUUUUGUGAGUGAGCUUGUCAGGAAACGGGGAAAGGAGAAUCUCCAGAAGUUCUUAUUAUUUAUUGUAGAGAUCUUUAAGAGGUACGAUGAGGCAACAGCAGAAUAUAAGCCUUAUAGACAGAAAGAUGGGGCACUUCUUGCCAUUGGAGCAUUGUGUGAUAAGUUAAAGCAGACAGAACCAUACAAAUCUGAGCUGGAACGCAUGCUUGUACAACAUGUGUUCCCUGAGUUCAAGAGUCCUGUGGGGCAUCUUAGGGCUAAGGCAGCUUGGGUUGCAGGGCAAUAUGCACAUAUUAAUUUUUCUGAUCCCAAUAACUUCCGAGGAGCAUUGCACAGUGUUGUUGCUGGAAUGCGUGACCCAGAACUUCCUGUUCGUGUUGAUUCUGUAUUUGCUUUGCGCUCUUUUGUGGAAGCCUGCAAUGAUUUGGAUGAAAUCCGACCAAUUCUUCCACAACUACUCGAUGAGUUUUUCAAACUUAUGAACGAAGUGGAGAAUGAAGAUCUUGUGUUUACUCUUGAGACAAUAGUAGACAAGUUUGGAGAGGAGAUGGCUCCCUAUGCUCUCGGAUUGUGCCAGAAUUUGGCUGCAGCAUUUUGGAAGUGCAUGAAUACUGCUGAAGCGGAUGAGGAAGGUGAUGAUCCUGGUGCUUUAGCUGCUGUUGGUUGUUUGCGUGCUAUAAGCACAAUCCUUGAGUCAGUCAGCAGACUGCCUCAUCUCUUCGCACAUAUUGAGCCAACUUUAUUGCCGAUAAUGUCGAGGAUGCUGACUACAGAUGGACAAGGUGUCAUGGUUGGGGAAGCAUUUGAGGUUUUUGAGGAAGUCUUGGAGAUUGUCUCUUAUAUGACAUUUUUCUCACCUACGAUAUCCUUGGAAAUGUGGAGUCUUUGGCCAUUAAUGAUGGAAGAUCUGGCUGAUUGGGCAAUUGAUUUUUUCCCAAAUAUCUUGGUGCCUUUAGAUAACUAUAUAUCCAGAAGCACUGCACAUUUUCUUACAUGCAAGGAGCCAGAUUAUCAGCAGAGCCUUUGGAACAUGAUUUCGUCUGUGAUGGGUGACAAAAAUCUGGAGGAUGGUGAUAUUGAGCCGGCACCCAAGCUCAUUCAAGUGGUAUUCCAAAACUGUAGGGGUCAGGUUGAUCACUGGGUUGAGCCGUACUUGAGAAUCACUAUGGAGCGUUUGCGUCGCACUGAGAGACCUUAUUUAAAAUGCCUCUUGAUGGAAGUGGUUGCUGAUGCCCUGUAUUACAAUGCAUCGUUGACACUCAACAUACUGCAAAAGCUUAAUGUCGCAACAGAAGUUUUCAACCUCUGGUUCCAGAUGUUGCAACAAACUAAAAAGAGUGGAAAACGUGCUAACUUUAAGAGGGAACAGGAUAAAAAGGUAUGCUGCUUGGGCUUGACAUCAUUGCUCCCUCUCUCUGCUGAUCAGCUUCCGGGAGAAGCAUUGGAGCGUGUUUUCAAGUCUACUCUUGACCUGCUUGUCGCCUAUAAGGAUCAGUUGGCAGAAUCUGCAAAGGAGGAAGAGGGUGAAGAUGAUGAUGACAUGGACAAUUUUCAAACUGAGGAUGAGGAUGAUGAUGAAGUUGAUUCCGACAAGGAUAUGGGGUUAGAUGCAGAGGAUGGAGAUGAAGCUGAGAGUGCUAAACUUCAGAAAUUGGCUGCUAGGGCCAAGGCUUUCCGUAGCACUGAAUUCGAUGAUGAUGACUCGGAUGAUGAUUUCAGUGAUGAUGAAGAGUUGCAAUCUCCCAUUGAUGAUAUUGAUCCAUUUAUUUUCUUUGUCGACACUGUCAAAGCUUUGCAAGCAUCCGAUCCAGUUAGAUUCCAGAACUUGACGCAGACACUUGAUUUCCAUUAUCAAGCUCUCGCCAAUGGUGUUGCUCAGCAUGCUGAACAAAGGAGAGUAGAGAUUGAGAAGGAAAAAUUAGCCAAGGCCACAGAACCAGCUGCAGCUGUCUCGUGAUUUUAUGAAUCCCUGGUCCCAGCAUUUAUUGCAGUUUUCUUUGUCCAAAGAUAGGGAUUUUAAUUAGGAAAUGGGGUUCCCAACCUGAUGCUCAGGUGCAGUUGAAAUGGGGUUCCCAACCUGAUGCUCAGGUGCAGUUGACAUUCUUUUUGUCAGUGUUUAUUGGUUCUUCUAUACCGGAAGAUUCCAUUUUCCAGUUCAUCAGUUCAUGCAGGUUUCUUCCUGCAGUUGUACCAUUUUUUAUACAAACAGAAAGUUUCAUGUGAAGGUAAAGGUUACAUACUGCCGAGAUACUCCUGUCGAGUUUUGCAGGGGGUGAAAUUCAUCAUUGGUUUGUGAUGCAUCCUAGUAUGUAGAGGUUG